AUGCCGCAGUUUAUCCUAGAAGGCAUCCUGACCGUCGUCGUCGGCGUCCUCGCAUAUGGCUUCAUCGUCAACUAUCCCGACUCUGCCGCCUUCCUGAAACCUAAAGAACGAGUCUUCAUCCACAAGCGUCUUGCCGCAGACGGCGAUGCCUCGGAGAACGAAGGCUUCACCUGGGGCAAUGUUCGAGCCGCUCUGGCGGAUCCAAAGUGCUGGCUCUAUUGUUUCGGCUUCGAUUUCAUGUCGUUGCCGCUGUACACGCUGAGUUUGUUCUUGCCGACGAUUAUUGCGGAUCUUGGAUACAGUGCAGUAUCUGCCCAACUUCUGACAAUCCCUCCAUACGCCCUUGCGACCAUCCUCACCACAGUCGUGGCCUGGGUGAGCGAGCGUGUUGGUCGACGAGCUCCAUUCCUCAUUGCUUCUGCCUUGACAGCUUCCAUCGGCUACUGCAUCUUGCUGGCACCACAAACCCUACAGCGCGGCCGGGAGUGUCCUACUUGGGGACAUUCUUCGCAGCCGCUGGUAUCUAUCCAACCACUGGACUUGUGCUAA